AUGGCGGCUCGAGCUGCCCUCCUUAUUCUUCUCGCUGUACUCCUUUUCUCCGGCGUCGUCAGAGGCAACGCCGCGGGAUCGUGCUCCUCGAUGUCCUUCCCGUCGAACCGGGUCUACGCCGCCUGCAGCGACCUCCCUCGCCUUUCCUCCUCGCUGCACUGGACAUACGAGGGAGGGAAAGGAUUCGGAAGCCUCUCCUUCGCCUUCGUGGCUCCGCCUCCGAGUCAGUCGGGGUGGGUGUCGUGGGCGAUUAACCCGUCAGGCGGCGGAAUGAUCGGGUGCCAGGCUCUUAUCGCCUUCCGCCAGCCCGACGGCGCGAUGGGGGUGAAGACCUACAACGUCACCGGGUACGGACCCGUCUCCGAGGGUCCGAUAGCGUACGAGACGUCGGAUCUGGCGGCGGAGUUCACCGGUGGCGCGAUGCGGAUGUUCGGGAAGGUGAAGCUGCCAGAGGGGACGACGGUGGUGAAGCAGGUGUGGCAGGUGGGGGCGGAGGUCGUGGAUGGCGUGCCCCAGAAGCACGAUUUCAAGCCGGAGAAUUUGGAGUCGAUGGGGACGGUGGAUCUCCUCAGCGGAGGAAUUUCCGGCGCCGGGUCUUCAGCAUCUAGAAACAAAAAUACCCAUGGAAUUCUUUGCGCUGUCAGUUGGGGUGUUUUGCUUCCACUGGGUCAAAUAUUUGCCAGAUAUCUCAAGACAUUCAAGUCGGCAGACCCUGCAUGGUUUUACCUCCAUAUUUCCUGCCAGAUGCUUGGCUAUGUCAUUGGUGUUGUUGGUUGGGCUACUGGUCUGGUCCUUGGAAACAAAUCCAAGGGCAUUGUGCACACCAAUCACAGGAACAUUGGCAUCACUCUCUUCACUUUUUGCACUUUACAAGUUUUUGCACUGUUUCUGAGACCAAACAAGGAUCACAAAUAUAGAUUAUACUGGAACAUCUACCAUCACUCCAUUGGAUAUAGUGUAAUCAUCCUGAGCAUCGUCAAUAUUUUCAAAGGCAUGGACAUAUUAGCAGUUGAGCAAAAAUGGAGGACAGGGUAUAUUGUGGCAAUCUGUAUUUUGGGGGGCGUGGCCUUGAUCUUGGAGAUCAUCACCUGGACCAUAGUUCUCAAAAGGAAGUCUGGGAAACCUAAGGAGAGACCCACUUUUCAUCUUGACAUAAAAUGGUUCGAUGGAUUGCCAAAUGAAUCCAUCACUUGCUUCCAGGACUUCAAGACCACUUUCCUGCGUCACUUUGCUAGCAGCCGGAAGUAUCAAAAGACAGACCACUGUCUCUUCGCCCUCAAGCAAGGGUUUACAGAGCCCUUGAGGAGCUAUAUCAAAGGCUUAAACCAGGUGGCACAGGACGUUUCGUCCGCUACCUCAGAGAUAUUGAUGAGCGUCUUCUCCCAUAGAUUGGUAGAAGGGGAGUUCUUCCGAGAUCUCAUCCAAGACCCGGUGAAAAAAUUCGAUGAGAUGCUAGUAAAGGCCGCUAGUUAUAUUAAUGUGUAA